AUGGCCAUGGCACACGCAGCCAUCUUCUGUGCUUCCAAACAAUUUGCCGAAGAAGUCUUGAAAGCGCACAAUGACUACAGGAAGAAACAUGGAGUCCCCCCAUUAAAACUCUGCAAGAAGUUAAACAGAGGAGCCCAACAGUAUGCAGAAGAACUGGCUACCACAAGGGUCCUCAAACACAGCUCUGAGUCUGCUAAUGGAAAAUGUGGAGAAAACCUAGCAUGGGCAUCCUAUGACCAACCAGGUCACUUUACAGCAAUGGUUUGGAAGAACACAAAAAAGAUGGGAGUUGGAAAAGCAUCUGCUAGUGAUGGCUCAACAUUUGUGGUAGCUAGAUAUGAUCCAGCUGGAAAUGUAGUAAAUCCAGGCUAUUAUGAAGAAAAUGUCCUUCCUCCAAGAAAAUAA